AUCCCCAUUACAUGCUGCAGUCAUUUUGAGGCUGGUUCCCAGAUUUUAUUGAUAUUAUGCAUAUUAUUAUGCCCUAAAUUUAUCACCGUGAUUGUGCUAAGGCCAAAUAAGCCAUAUUGUGCCAUGUCUUUCUUUCCGCAUUGUCGAUGCUCUGCAACAGAUGUAACUGCCACUGUAUGCAUCAAAGCAAAUGUAUGAUUUGUCCUUCAUUGUGUCAUGCUUCGUACAGUGACAAUAUCACUGAUUAUAAUGAUUUCUAUUUGCUAUUUAUCUUAUUUGCUUGAGCAGAUGGUGGGUGGAGUCCAACUUUUUGUCCAACAUAAGUUCCUGGCCUCACAUAUUCUCUACUGGAUGAAUGGACUAAAAUUCCCACAGAAGCACUCAAAAUCAUGUAGAAAAAAAACUUAUCAGAAGAGUGAAAGCUGUUACAGCUGCAAAGAUGUACACUCUGUGGAUAGACUCUUAAAAACUAUGUGGAUGUUACACGGUGCUGGUAUGCAGAAAACAUCUCCUUCCCUCUUAACUUCCUGCUAGCCAACAGCAUGCCCGGCCAGCAGCUGAAGAAGUUGAGGCUUUUGAAGGGGAGACCCAGUCCUGGAGCCUGGUGAACAGCUGGAGAAAGAGGAGAGCGGGAAAGAACAACCGAAGCUUUUAGUUCUGGUCAUGAAUUAGAAGCACAACACAAGGAUUUGAAAAGAAAAAUGUCAGAGGAUUUCGAAAUAAGCCAAGAGGAGACUGGUUUUCCUUUGCUAAAUGAUGAAUGUCCUGGAGCUCCAUGAUGCACCUCAGACUGCUGCAGCUAUAGAGGAUCUGUCUGGAGCUCUGCAGACGGUCGGAGAUCUGUACAUCAUCUCCACCUUCAUGCUGCCACCCAAACUCGGCGGCGUUUUGUUCGGCCUCUACGAUAAAGAGGACAACAAGAAAUACCUGGAGGUUGCUGCUGUAGGCAAGAUCAACAAAUUACUGGUGCGAUACUUGCGCUCUGAUGGAAAAGCUCAUGCUGUCAAUUUACAAAACCCAGUCCUCGCUGAGGGACGCACCCAAUCACUUAUCCUCAGAAUGAGUGGACUGAGACGCAGGCACGUCAACCUAGAGCUUUAUGUAAACUGCCGUUUGGUGGACUCUGCUCAGGGCCUCCCUUCACUUUCCGGGCUUCCAUCAAAGACAGAAUCUGUGGAUGUUCGCACCGGACAGAAGUCUUACGCCAGGAUGCAGGGCUCAGUGGAGUCUGUUAAACUGGCUCUCGGAGGCUCUCUAGCAACUGCUGGUCUCCUCAUUGACUGUCCUGUCCAAGGAGAUUCAGCUAUCAACAAUGCAGGGGAUCACACCAAAGCUCUGAUCGGACAGCUGAUCAUCUUUAACCAGAUCAUGGGAGAGCUGAGAGAGGAUAUCAGAGAACAGACAAAAGAGAUGUCUCUCAUCAGAAACACAAUUCUUGAAUGUCAAGUGUGUGGAUUCCACGAGCCUCAGUCCCGAUGUCAUCCUAACCCCUGCCAUACUGGCGUGAUCUGCAUGGAGAGCAUGCUGUUCCCAGGAUAUCAGUGUGGCCCCUGUCCAGAGGGCAUGACUGGAAAUGGAACACACUGCCAGGACAUUGACGAGUGUGCUGCUCAGCCCUGUUUUUCUGCAGAGUUGUGUGUGAACACAGCUAAAGGCUUCACCUGUGAGUCCUGUCCCAUAGGAUUCACCGGUCCAGCACUCAGGGGGGUGGGUCUUGAGUUUGCCAGGAGCCACAAGCAGGAAUGUGUUGAUAUUGAUGAGUGCACUGAGCACUCUGGUUCCUGUGUGCCCAACUCAGUCUGUAUUAAUACAGUGGGAUCGUUCAGGUGUGGCCAGUGUAAAGCAGGAUUUGUGGGUAAUCAGACUGCAGGCUGUUUUGUACGGAGGACGUGUGAAACUCUGAGCUAUAAGCCCUGUGAUGUGAAUGCACACUGUGUGAUGGGCCACAGCAGUGAUAUUUCCUGUGUGUGUAACGUUGGCUGGGCAGGUAAUGGGGACAUCUGUGGUCCAGACUCAGACAUUGAUGGUUACCCUGAUGGGCCUCUUCCAUGCAUUGACAACGACAAACACUGCAGAGCGGACAACUGUGCAAAUACCCCAAACUCUGGUCAAGAGGACACAGAUGGAGAUGGGAUUGGUGAUCAGUGUGACGAGGAUGCAGAUGGAGAUGGAAUUAAAAAUGUUGAGGACAACUGUCGCCUGGUACCUAAUAAGGACCAGCAGAACUCUGACACAGACUCCUAUGGCGAUGCUUGUGAUAACUGCCCAAACGCUCCCAAUGGAGAUCAGCUUGAUACUGAUGGCAAUGGCAAGGGAGACAUCUGUGACAAUGAUAUUGAUGGAGAUGGCAUCCCUAACGUAUUGGACAACUGUCCUAAGAUACCCAACCCCAUGCAGACAGACCGUGAUGGAGAUGGUGUGGGUGACGCAUGCGACAGCUGUCCUGAGGUCAACGAUCCAUUGCAGUCUGAUAUGGACAAUGAUUUGGUGGGAGAUGUAUGCGAUACAAACAAGGACAUGGAUGGUGAUGGAUAUCAGGACACGCGGGAUAACUGUCCUGAAGUGCCUAACAGUUCUCAGCUGGACUCAGAUAAUGAUGGCAUUGGGGACGAGUGUGAUAAUGAUGAUGAUAAUGAUGGAAUUCCAGAUAUCCUUCCUCCCGGCCCAGAUAACUGCAGACUUGUUCCCAACCCCAAUCAAAAAGAUACUGAUGCCAAUGGAGUUGGAGACAUGUGUGAGAAAGACUUUGACAAUGAUAAAGUGACUGACUUGUUGGAUGCGUGCCCUGAAAAUGCAGAGGUCACUAUGACAGAUUUCAGGGCAUUUCAGACGGUCAUUCUCGACCCAGAAGGAGACACUCAGAUCGACCCCAAUUGGGUGGUAGUAAAUAAGGGAAUGGAGAUUGUGCAGACCAUGAACAGCGACCCUGGUUUGGCUGUGGGCUACACAGCAUUUAAUGGUGUCGAUUUUGAGGGCACAAUCCACGUGAACACGGCCACUGAUGACGAUUACGUGGGCUUCAUCUUUGGCUAUCAGGACUCUUCCAGCUUCUAUGUGGUGAUGUGGAAACAGACAGAACAGACGUAUUGGCAGAAUUUACCUUUCAAAGCCUCAGCUCAGCCUGGACUACAGCUUAAGGCAGUGAAGUCUCAGACAGGUCCUGGUGAGUAUCUGCGUAAUGCCCUGUGGCACACAGGAGACACACCAGGGGAAGUUACUUUGCUCUGGAAGGACCCAAGAAAUGUGGGCUGGAAGGACAGGACGUCCUAUCGCUGGCACCUCACUCACCGUCCACAGCUGGGCUACAUACGAUUGAGAUUGUAUGAAGGUACAGCCCUAGUGGCAGAUUCAGGAGUCGUGAUUGACACGACUAUGAGAGGAGGGCGGCUGGGCGUCUUCUGUUUCUCUCAGGAGAACGUCAUAUGGUCUAAUAUCAGCUAUAGAUGCAAUGAUUACAUCCCAGAUGACUUUAUUCUGUACCAGAAGCAGAUGAAUGUGAAGACAUAAGCAUCUCCUCAUCUCAAGAAGCUACGUCUUACUGUGUGCUUGUGUAUAUGUGUGUUUGAAGUGGUAAAUAAGUUGUCUGCGAAUUUAACGGCUUGCAAUAAAAUAAGUUUGU